AUGUCGUCCGGAGCCAUCGCGACGGACGCGUCGGCGAAUGGCGCGGUGGCGUCGCCGCCUCCGCAGAGCAACGGCAACAGGGCGAUGACGUAUGCGUCGGUGAUCUCGCUGCACCAGCUCAAUAUCGCCGUGAUCGCCGUUCUCGUGCUGCUCGUGCUGCUCGUGCUCGUCCUCUCCAUCGCCAAGGCGCGCUCCACGUGGCUCCACCGCCGCGCCGUCUUGCGUCAGCAGGCGGAAAGCGCGCAGAACCUUCGGCCGGUCGGUCAACGCGGUCUGCUGGUCGACGACCGGCCAGGGAACGGUAUUACCGAGGAGCUGAUUAAGUUGCUAGGGCAAGUGGUGGCGUUCGAGGCGGCGAAGGUCGGCGGGGAGUGCGAGAGCGAGCGCGAGUGUAUCGUGUGCCUGGGGGAGUAUAACGAGGGCGACAUGGUGCGCGUGCUGGACGCGUGCCACCACAUGUUCCACCAGGAUUGCAUAGACGCGUGGCUCAAGGCCCACAACUCGUGCCCCAUCUGCCGCACCGUGCUGCUGCCCGCGCGCCCCGCUCACACUGCUGCCGGGGCGGACGCCGGGCAGCAUUUGCACGGCCACCACCACCACAGCCACCACCACCACAUGCACCACCACCACCCCCACCACCACCACCACCACAACCCCGAAGCUGCUCUUGGUCAGGCACACCCAUCCCCGGACCAAUCACAUCCAUCUACAGACCAAUCGCGUCUAUCUUCGGACCAGUUAGGUCCAUUUCAAGACGAAUCAGGUCCAUCCCCGGGCGAAUCGGGACUACCUUUGGACCAUGUGCAUGUGCAUGUGCACACGGACCAAUCACGCGCCGCUCACGGGCAGCUGCAUGAGGUGCAGGAGCAGAGCGGUUACUGUAACAGCAUCACUGCUGUGUCCCCUGCAAGUGCAGGCACAGGCCAUGCUGUUCUCUCCCUUGCAGAGGUUGAGGGACGAGAGGGUCUUGGAGGUGGCGAUAGGGAUUCUUCUGUGGCUGAACCCAUUUUAGAAGCAGUGGUCGGGGCCAAGGUUGCUGCUGCGUCAAAAGACUUACUGUCCUCCUCCUCCUCUCUCUCCGAUUGCCCCUUCACCACCACCAAUCCCCUCCACACCUGCGCCAUGGGCUACGCCGCAUCUGCCGGCGUGACCGGCGGGCACGGGAAGCCUGCCUACGUGGUGACCAACGCCGACGACUCACUCCCAGUCGGCACCAACGGCUCGUUGCGAUGGGGGUUAACGCGCGCCUAUGCCGCUGCGGGAACCAACGGCAUCUACAUCACGUUUGCGAAGAAAAUCGACGUUUUGCUCAUGGGGCCGUUAGCGGUGCCGUCGGGCACGACAAUCGACGGGCGGGGAGUUGCCGUCCGGCUGUUCGGGUCGUCCGUCGUGGUUCGCAACGCCCGGAAUGUGAUUGUGCACAAUAUCGAAGUGCAAAGCGUGCAGUUCCCCAACGUGAACAGCGGCGUGAGCAUCAUCGACAGCACGGUAGUGUGGCUGGAUCACGUGCGAGUGCGCGACGCUAUACCGGGGGCAGUGGAGGUCGUUGGCAGCAGCGCGGGCAGCGCCGGGAGUGUGACAAUAUCGAGCUGCCACCUGAGGAACGUGUAUCUGCCCGACUCUUUGAAAGCGCCGAGCGCGCCGAAAGCUGCGAGCCCACCUGGCGGCGCGAGCAGCAGCACCAAGAGCGCCGGCGGCAGCGCAUCUCCUCCGCUGACCGUGACGCUCUUCAGGAACUGGUUUGACUCGAGCGACAACGCCAACCCCCAAUGCGCUGCCGCCACGUGUCACCUCGCGAAUAACUUGCUGUCGAAUUGGCGAACGUGGUGCAUCCAGGCGAAGCUCGCUGCAAGCGUUCGGUCAGAAGGAAAUAUUUUUCUUGCCGCCGGGCAGAAAGACGCGGCGCGAUCAGACGGCUCGUCGGUGGUUUCUCUAGGAGACCGGCUGGGGAACGGCGCGGUCUUUAACUCCCAAGGGGCUGGAAUAAUAUUCACUCCGCCAUAUUCGAUCACGCUCGCGGCGCCUGACACGGCGCUAGAGAGCUUCAUUCAGCAGUCCGCGGGCCCGCGCGUCAUGGCGCGUCCGCCCAUGCAGCCCCCCCCGCCCCCUGCUUCCCCGCCGCCGCUCCCCAAAUCCCCCCCUCCACUGCAAUCUCCGCCUCCCCCGCCCGCCCCCCUCACUAAUAUCAACAUGAAUCCUCCGCGUUCCCCGCGCACCCCCCCUCGGUACCCCCCUGUUUCUUCUCCGCCACCACCGACGAACUCUCUCCCGGCCCCCCCCGCUCCCCCGUCCGCGGACCUCCCAGACGCGCAAUGCGCGUUUGAUUCGGAUUUGCCGCUGCACAAUUGCUCUCUAGGGUUCGCGCGGGGUGUGCUGGGGGGAUUCGGACGCAGCGAAUAUGUGGUUACCAACGACACCGAUAGCAUCAUCGCGCCUGUGGAGGGUUCGCUAAGAUGGGGUUUGCAGCAGUACAGGGACGGAGUGUACAUUCGUGGGCGAGGUGGAAGAAGCCACCUAUGGCAGGCAGGACGGCAUGGCCAUACGAGCCAGCACCAUGGUGUGGGUGGACCACUCACAUCCUGCUCUUCCCCAUAUCUCCACUCCCCCCUCGUCCCCUCUCUCUUUCCAGUGGGCGAGGUAGACCAAGCCCCAUUCGGCACGCAAGACGGCGUAGCCAUCAGAGCGAGCAGCAUGGUGUGGGUGGACCACUGCCUCGUGCACAACGCCCCUCUUGGAACCAUCGACCUCCUUGCUUCCUCGGACACUGUAACUGUCUCAUACUGCCACCUCUCCAACUACCUCCUCCCACUCGCCUCCGCCAACACCACGUCAGCGCUGCCGCCCGCCGACCCGACGAGCCCAGACGAGGGCACGGGCACAGAUGGGGAUGGGGGUACAGGAGAGCCUGAUGGUGCACGAGUUACCUACUUUGGGAAUUUCUUUGAGGGGCCGUCAGCACCCAUGCUGCACUGCCAGGCGUCGCUGUGCCAUGUGGCAAACAAUCUAUUUGCCAACUGGACAGACACGUGUAUUGUGGCGCGCGGAGGCGCGUCGGUGAGAUCGCUCAAUAACGUGUACGCCAGCACGAUUCCGGGCGCGGCAGGGAUUGUAACGGCGAAUGCGGACGGCGCUAGUUUCUUUGUAACGAGCGGCGAUCUGGUGAGGAAUGGAGUGCGGUUUGUGGUGAGUUUGCCGCCUGGAGUGAGUGGGAGUGCGGACAUGCCACCUCUGCCCUACUCCCUGCCGGUAGACAAAGCUGACUCAAGCCUUCCAGGCACGAUCAAGGGGAAUUCGGGGCCUCAGUUCUGA